AUGGAAAGCGGAGAGGACGCAGUCAGAGUGAAGGAAGAACUACCGAAUGAUAAUUGGCCCGAUGCAAGUGAUAAUUAUUUUUUCGAUUCAAUACACUCUUGCAAAGCUGAAAAUGUUGAAGUUUUGCCGUUCCAUGAAUCAUCGGCAAAUCAUGUGAAUGAGGUUAUGGAGUUUGCGAAAGUAGAUAAGAAAAUUUACAUCGAUUUUGAGUGCAAAGACGUCAAACCUGAACUGAAGCCUUUAUCGACAACCAUCUGUAAAACUGAGUAUCAAAAUUAUCCACCUGCCGUAAAAAUUGAAAAUGAAAAUCAGAUCAUUAACGCGAAUGAAAAUAUAUUUAUUGAUUUUGAGUGCAAAGAUGUUAAAAUUAAACUGAAGCCUUUAUCGACAACCGUUUGCAAAAGUUAUCCAACACCUUUCGAGUGUAACAUUUGUCAAAAAUCAUUUGGACAAAAAAGUAAUCUCGAUAAACACGUAAAUACAGUGCAUGAUCGUAGAAAACCUUUUGAGUGUGAGAUUUGCCACAAAUCAUUUGGAUACCAGAAUAUAUUCAAAAGUCACAUCAAUGUAGUACAUAAUCAGAGCAAACCCUUCGAGUGUGAGAUUUGUCACAAAUCAUUUGCCUACCAAUGCCACCUUAAACCUCACAUAAAUGUAGUACAUAAUGGGAACAAACCCUUCGAAUGUGAUAUUUGUCAUAAAUUAUUUGGACUUAAAAGUGACCUUAAAAGACAUAUAAGUGCAGUACAUAAUCGUCACAAAACCUUCGAAUGUGAUAUUUGUCAUAAAUCAUUUGGACGAAAAAGUUAUCUUAAAAUUCACAUAAAUUCAGUACAUGAUCAGAUCAAACCCUUUGAAUGUACAAUUUGUAGCAAAACGUUUGGGCAAAGUAGUACUCUUCGUAAACACAUUAGUGCAGUUCAUAUUCGGAGCAAACCCUUUGAGUGUGAGAUUUGUCACAAAUCAUUUGUACUAAAAAGUGGCCUUAAAAUACAUGUAAGUGCAGUACAUAAUCGGAGUAAACCCUUUGAAUGUGACAUUUGUCACAAAUCAUUUGGAGAAAAGGGUAAACUCAAUAGGCACAUAAGUAUAGUACAUGAUAAGAAAAAACCCUUUGAAUGUGACAUUUGUCGCAAAACGUUUGGACAAAGUAGUACUCUGCGUAAACACAUUAGCGCAGUUCAUAAUCAGAGCAAACCCUUCGAAUGCGGUAUUUGUUGCAAAUCAUUUGGAUACCAAAAUUACUUAAAAACUCACAUUGAUGCAGUUCAUAAUCGUAAAAAACCCUUCGAAUGUGAUAUUUGUCGCAAAUUAUUCGGACUAAAACAUAAUCUCAAAUCUCAUAUAAGUAUAAUACAUAAUAAGAGCAAAUUCUUCGAAUGUGACAUGUGUCAAAAAUUAUUUGGACAAAAAGUUCACCUUAAUAAUCACGUGAUGAAAAUACAUAAUUUCAGCAAACCACUGAAUGUGAGGUUUGUUUCCACACAUUAAAA